AUGUUUGAAAAAGGAAAGUCCAUCAACAUUCUAGUAUGUUGUCGGAUUCUCUUCAUGUUACUUUGGAUUCUUUUAACACCCAAAGUUGCUGGUUUUUCCAAAAUCCUUUCUUCAGCUUCUGCUGCCUCCAAUGUUAGUCUUCACUAUCAAGCUGAAGCUAAAGAUAAUGAAGCAAAUGCUUUGUUAAAGUGGAAACAAAGCCUUGACAACCAAACCCAAGCUUUGUUGCCAACUUGGGGAGGUACUAUUAGCCCAUGCAAAUGGGAACGAAUUCAGUGUGACAAAUCCAAGUCUGUCUCUAGCAUAAAUCUUGCAAAUUAUGGACUCAAAGGUACCCUUCACUCUCUCAAUUUCUCCUCAUUUCCCAACCUCCUCAGCCUAAAUAUAUACAAUAACUUCUUUUAUGGGACCAUUCCUCCACAAAUAGGCAACAUGUCCAAAAUUAAUGAAUUGAACUUGUCCUUAAAUUCUUUUGAUGGUAAUAUCCCAAAAGAAAUGUGGACAUUAAGGAGUCUUCGUAAGCUUGAUCUUUCAUUAUGUCUACUAAGUGGAGAGAUUCCUAAUUCCAUAGCAAACUUGUCCAACUUGUCAUAUCUUGAUUUAGGUGGCAACAAUUUUUCUAGUCACAUUCCUCCACAGAUUGGAAAAUUGAACACUCUCACCUUUCUUGGUAUUGGAGCUAGUAACCUUAUUGGUUCUAUUCCCAAGGAAAUUGGAGAGUUGACAAACCUUCAAUAUAUUGAUUUGUCACGAAACUUUCUCUCUGGUACCAUUCCUUCCGAAAUUGGUAACAUGAGCAGUUUGAAUUCGCUUGGACUUUCAAAUAACACUAUUUCUGGGUCAAUCCCAUUUUCCAUAUGGAACAUGACCAACUUAACGUUGCUAUACCUUAAUAGCAAUAAACUUAAUGAUUCGUUGCAUGCUUCCAUAAAGAAUUUGGUCAACUUGCAAUUCCUUGCAUUAAGUGAUAACUUGCUUUUUGGAUCCAUUCCUUCCAGUAUUGGAAACUUGACAAAUCUCAUUGAGUUGUACAUGGAUGCUAAUCAUUUUUCUGGAUCAAUUCCUCCCUCUUUAGGAAAUUUGAUCAAUCUGAAUCUUUUGAGUCUCCAAGAAAACAAUCUUUUUGGAUCAAUCCCUACCACUUUUGGAAAUUUAAAACGGCUCACCAUCCUAGAAUUGGCUACCAACAAACUUAGUGGUAGCAUUCCACAUUCCAUAAAUAACGUUACCAAUUGGUAUUCCUUGUUAUUGGCUGACAAUGAUUUCAUUGGCCAUUUGCCACCUCAAAUUUGCUCUGGUGGGUCACUUGCAUUCUUUGCUACCUCUCACAACCAUUUUACUGGUCCAGUACCAAAAACUUUGAAGAAUUGCUCUAGUAUUGCUAGACUCAGGCUUGGGGGAAACCAAAUUGAAGGAGAUAUAGCACAAGAUUUUGGUGUGUAUCCAAAUUUGAAACUUAUUGAUCUAAGUGACAAUAAGUUUUACGGCCAAGUUUCAACAAAUUGGGGGAAAUGCUUCAAUCUUGGUACCUUCAAGAUAUCCAACAAUAAUCUAUCUGGUGGUAUACCAAUAGAACUUGCUGAGGCAACCAAGUUGGUUAGGCUUGACUUUUCUUCUAAUCACUUGAAUGGAAAUAUUCCAAAGGAACUUUUCCAUUUGAAAUCAUUAGCUGAACUUGUGAUCAGCAACAAUGAUCUUUCAGGAAACAUUCCAAUUGAACUUGGAUUGUUGCAGAAUCUGGAAGAAUUGGAUCUAGGAGGAAACAAGUUGAGUGGGACAAUACCAACACAAGUUGUGGAGUUGCCCAAGUUAAGGAACUUGAAUUUGAGCAAAAACAAAAUCAAGGGAACCAUUCCCUCUAAUUUUAGAGAAUUACAACCUCUUGAAUCUCUUGAUCUUAGUCAAAAUUUUUUGAGUGGAAUAAUACCAACAGUGCUUGGAGAGUUGAAGAAUUUGCAGUGGCUAAAUCUUUCACACAACAAUCUUUUUGGAACCAUUCCAUCCAGUUUUGGUGACACAUCAAGUUUGAUUUUUGUCAACAUAUCAUAUAACCAGUUGGAAGGUUCACUUCCAAAAAAUCAUGCUUUUCUUACUGCUUCAAUCGAAUCAUUAAAAGGUAACAGAGGCUUGUGUGGUAACGUCACUGGCUUGGUUCUUUGUCCUACCAACCAUAGUAAAAAAAGCCACAAGGUCAUUCUACUAGUACUAUUUGUUGCCAUGGGUGCUCUAGUACUAGUAUUUUGUGUGGUGGCAGUUUCAAUGUAUAUUCUUUGUAGAAGUGCAAGAAAGGAAGAAAUCCAAGCGAACGAAGCACAAUCAGAAGAAGUGUUUUCUAUAUGGAGUCAUGAUGGAAAAAUGAUGUUUGAAAAUAUCAUUGAAGCUACCAAUAAUUUCAAUGACAAAUAUAUCAUUGGAAUAGGGGGUCAAGGAUCUGUUUACAAGGCUGAGUUACCUUCAGGUCAAGUUGUUGCAGUGAAAAAACUACAUUUGGAAACAAAUGAAGAGAAGCCAAAUUUUAAAGCUUUUGAAACUGAAAUUCGAGCUUUGACAGAAAUCAGGCACCGUAACAUUAUAAAGCUAUAUGGUUUUUGCUCACAUUCACGGUUCUCAUUUUUGGUUUAUAAGUUCUUGGAAGGGGGUAGCUUGGAUCAAAUACUAAGGAAUGACACAAAAGCAAUUGCAUGUAAUUGGGAAAUGAGGGUGAAUAUUGUUAAAGGUGUGGCCAAUGCUUUAUCAUACAUGCAUCAUGAUUGCUCACCUGCUAUAAUUCACCGUGACAUAUCAAGCAAGAAUGUUCUUUUAGAUUCACAAUAUAUUGCUCAUGUCUCUGAUUUUGGAACAGCGAAGUUUUUGAAGCCUGGUUCACACAUUUGGACCACGUUUGAAGGCACAUUUGGGUAUGCAGCUCCAGAGCUUGCCCAAACGAUGGAAGUGACUGAGAAAUGUGAUGUCUUUAGUUUUGGCGUGCUUUCUUUAGAAAUAAUAAUGGGAAAGCAUCCAGGAGAUCUCGUUUCUUCAUUACUAUCAUCAUCAACAGGAGCUUACAAUUUGCUACUAAGUGAUGUGUUCGAUCAACGACCUGCUCAACCUCUAAAAUCAAUUGUUGGGGAUGUCGUUUUGGUUUCAAAGUUGGCAUUUUCUUGUUUGAGGGAAAAUCCACAUUCUCGCCCAACCAUGGAUCAAGUGUCUAAGGAGCUUAUGAGGGGAAAAUCACCUUUAACGGACCAAUUUCCAAUGAUAAGACUAGGACAACUCCUCUAA